CCUCGUUUCAUGCGUGGUCUGUAACGAUAUGUUGACAUAAAAAGAACUAAAGCCAGUCAAGGUAGUAAUAUUUUUGUUAUUUUUUUAACUUAUAGUAACUUCAUUCUUGUUUAUUAUUUACCACGCCGAUUGGGUCUGACAUUUUUACGGGCGUUUUCUAUAUUAGUUGGCGAGAGUGCGUCGGAACUUAGUUAGCGUUAGCUGCCGGCUAACUUCACACAUAACGCCACGCUUUUAACAGCUCCGGUUGAGGGAGGCAAUUCAACGUAUUGGCUUGACUCGGUAUAUAUUUGAACGAACAUGAAGAUCAUGAAGAUGAAACCCAGAAACACGCGUAUGUCCUCCGGGCCGAUGAGACCAGCCAAACGGAGCAUCCACAUGAAAGGCAAUUGGAAAGCUAUAGAGGUCGAUCCCAGUGUCUUCUCCGAGGAGGGAAUGGAGGGUCUGGUGUGUUUUGAAGAGCUGACAGAUUAUCGGUUUGUAGACGCUGAAAAGGCUGCAGCUAUUGCAGAAAAGAAAGCAACAAUGGAGAAGAAGAAGAUGAUGAAGAAGCAGAAUAAAACGAAGAAGAGAAAGGCCAGUGAGGCAGAGGAGACUGGAGAGAAGGUAGAUGUGGAGAACAUAGGAGAGAAAACAGCUGAACCAGCCAAGAAGAGAGCCAAAAGGAAGAAGAAAAAUAAGAAACUAGCUGCACAGGAAUCUGACCCAGCAGAUAAUGCGACUGAAGAAGCGAUACAGAAGGAUCGAGAAAAGAAAGCAACAAUGGAGAAGAAGAAGAUGAUGAAGAAGCAGAAUAAAACGAAGAAGAGAAAGGCCAGUGAGGCAGAGGAGGCUGGAGAGAAGGUAGAUGUGGAGAACAUAGGAGAGAAAACAGCUGAACCAGCCAAGAAGAGAGCCAAAAGGAAGAAGAAAAAUAAGAAACUAGCUGCACAGGAAUCUGACGCAGCAGAUAACGCGACUGAAGAAGCGAUACAGAAGGAUGUAGCUCCAGCUGAGGAGAAAAUAGAAGAUAUCCCAGAAGAUGCCUCUAAAGAUAGAGCAAUUAGUUCAGAACCUGCUGUUCAAUUAAAACCCACAAAGAAGAGUAAGAAAAAGAAGCAAAAGAAACGUAAGCCGCGCAUAAAAAAUGAUAACAUCUUAGAGGCGCAGCCCAACCAGGAGUCUACAUCAGAAGUUCAAUCUCUGGAAAAAGAAAAACCCACUCAAGAUAAAGCUACAAAGCAUCCCAAAAACAAAAAGCAGAUAAAGAAUUGGACGAAUGCAGGAAUGUCUGGCUCUGACGACAAACAUGCUGAUGUAAGUGCCUGGAAGGACUUGUUUGUCCCCUCUCCAGUGCUAAGGGCACUGAGCAGUCUUGGAUUUAGCUCACCGAGUCCGAUACAAGCCCUGGCUUUGCCUCCGGCCAUCAGGGAUCGUAUGGAUAUACUCGGGGCGGCCGAGACCGGAAGUGGCAAGACACUGGCUUUUGGUAUUCCCAUGAUCCACGCCAUCAUGGAGUGGAAGAACGGUUCAGAAAAGCCAGUUGAUGACAACACUGAAUCGACCACAGAGGUGGAGAGUUUGUAUUUACCAGAUGUAGAUCAGUCCCCACUAGAAGAAGACAUGGAGGACAACAUGGACGACGAGGGAGAAGAGGUUGAAAGCGUCGCAGAGCAGGAUCAGGAUCGGAGUGACGCAGAUGAACAUGACAGCGAAGAAAAAGAUGAUGAUGAUGGUGAUGAUGAUGAGAGGCUUGGAUGUGUUAAAGUAAUCGAUAAUGUCGAGUUUGACUUUGACCCCACCGCUGAAGCAGAAGAAGAAGACCCUGCUGGCGGUCGCAUUCAGCCUCUACUUGGACUGGUGCUCACACCCACCAGGGAGCUGGCUGUUCAGGUCAAGCACCAUCUUGAUGCUAUCACAAAAUUUACAGACAUCAAAACAGUAAUAGUGGUGGGUGGCAUGGCACAAGAGAAACAACGGAGGAUGCUGAAACGAAGACCAGAAAUUGUGAUUGCCACUCCAGGACGUCUGUGGGACUUGAUCCAGGAGAAGCAUCCACAUCUGCUGAAUUUAAGACGGCUCAAGUGCCUGGUCAUCGAUGAAGCCGAUCGCAUGGUGGAGAGAGGCCACUUUGCGGAGCUGGGGAGUCUGCUGGAGAUGCUGAACACCGUUCAAUUCAAUCCCAAGAGGCAGACGUUCGUGUUCUCGGCCACACUGACCAUGGAUCGCAGCCUGCCCACCCGCCUUCUGCAGAAGAAGAAGAGGAAGCAUCUGGACCAGAGGGGCAAGCUGGAAGUUCUCAUGGAGAAAGUGGGGAUCAGGUCCAAACCCAAAAUCAUUGACCUGACCAGGAAGGAGGCAACUGUGGAGACCCUGACUGAGACCCGAAUCCUUUGUCAGAAGGAAGAGAAGGACUUCUACCUGUAUUACUUUCUGCUCCAGUAUCCCGGCCGCACCAUGGUAUUUGCCAACAGCAUAGACUGUAUCAAGAGACUGAACUCUCUGCUGGUUAUCAUGGACCGGACUCCGCUGCCCCUUCAUGCCAACAUGCACCAGAAGCAACGCUUCAAGAACCUGGAACGGUUUGCUGAGAGGGAGAGUUGUGUUCUGCUGACGACGGAUGUGGCCGCUCGGGGACUGGAUAUCCCAAACGUUGAGCAUGUCAUUCACUACCAGGUUCCCAGGACCUCUGAGACCUACGUCCAUCGGAGUGGCAGAACAGCGCGAGCGACCAAAGAGGGUCUGAGUUUGCUGCUAAUUGGCCCAGACGACAUGAUGAACUUCAAAAAGAUCUACAAGGCUCUUGGGAAGGACGAGGAGCUUCCCAUGUUCCCCAUUGAGAUCAAAUGCAUGGAAGCCAUCAAGGAGCGGGUGAACUUGGCCAGACAGAUAGAGAAGAUUGAGUUCCACAACGGCAAGGAGAAGCAGCACAACUCCUGGUUCAGAAAAGCAGCCGAGGCCCUGGACCUGGACCUGGACGAUGAUCUUUUAAUUGGCGGGGCGAAGGACGAAAACGAUGACAGAGAGCAGCAGAGGGCGGUGAAGGGGAUGAAAAAUCAUUUGAAGCAUCUGAUCUCCCAGCCGGUGUUCAAGAAUGUGUUUUACAACAAGUACCCCACUCAAAUGGGAAAGCUGUCCCUGCCUCACAUGCCGCAAGCCGGGAGUGGAAACGCCCUCACCAGGGUUUCAAUGCAGGAGAAGAAACAGAAGUUAAAGAGAGGUGUUGCACAACAGCAGAAAAAAGAGCAGCCGCAAUGACGUGUGAAUGGAAUGUGUAUUUAGAGAGGCCAUCUCCAACAUGGUGUAGGGAAUUGUUCAUUUAUGCAAAUGUUUUACAUAAAUUAAUUGAAAUACUUAUCGCACAAUGUGCAAAGAAAAUGUAUUUCCAAAUGUCGAGUCGCUGUUCACUGCAAGCCUUUUAUAAAAAUCUGUCUUCACCAGUGUCUUAACGCCCA